AUUGCCAGGACGAAUCAAAGUUGACUUUGUGAUUCCUAAAGAACUUCCCUUUGGAGACAAAGACACAAAAUCCAAAGUGACCCUGCUGGAAGGUGACCAUGUUAGGUUUAAUAUUUCAACAGACCGGCGUGACAAAUUAGAACGAGCAACCAACAUAGAAGUUCUAUCAAAUACAUUUCAGUUCACUAAUGAAGCCAGAGAAAUGGGUGUUAUUGCUGCCAUGAGAGAUGGUUUUGGUUUCAUCAAGUGCGUGGAUCGUGAUGCUCGUAUGUUCUUCCACUUCAGUGAAAUUCUAGAUGGGAACCAGCUCCACAUUGCAGAUGAAGUAGAGUUUACUGUGGUUCCUGAUAUGCUCUCUGCCCAAAGAAAUCAUGCUAUUAGGAUUAAAAAACUUCCCAAGGGCACGGUUUCAUUCCAUUCCCAUUCAGAUCAUCGUUUUCUGGGCACUGUAGAAAAAGAAGCCACCUUUUCAAAUCCUAAAACCACAAGCCCAAAUAAAGGCAAAGACAAGGAGGCGGAAGAUGGCAUUAUUGCUUAUGAUGACUGUGGGGUGAAACUGACUAUUGCUUUUCAAGCCAAGGAUGUGGAAGGAUCUACUUCUCCUCAAAUAGGAGAUAAGGUUGAAUUUAGUAUUAGUGACAAACAGAGGCCUGGACAGCAGAUUGCAACUUGUGUGAGACUUUUAGGUCGUAAUUCUAACUCCAAAAGGCUCUUGGGUUAUGUGGCAACUCUGAAAGAUAAUUUUGGAUUUAUUGAAACAGCUAAUCAUGAUAAGGAAAUAUUUUUCCAUUAUAGUGAGUUCUCUGGUGAUGUUGAUAGCCUGGAACUGGGAGAUAUGGUUGAAUACAGCUUGUCCAAAGGCAAAGGCAAUAAAGUCAGUGCUGAGAAAGUAAACAAAACUCAUUCAGUGAAUGGCAUUACUGAGGAAGCUAAUCCCACCAUCUAUUCUGGUAAAGUCAUUCGUCCUCUUAGAGGUGUUGAUCCAACACAGAUUGAGUACCAAGGAAUGAUUGAGAUUGUGGAGGAGGGGGAUAUGAAAGGUGAAGUGUAUCCAUUUGGCAUAGUUGGGAUGGCCAACAAAGGGGAUUGCCUGCAGAAAGGGGAGAGUGUCAAGUUCCAGUUGUGUGUCCUUGGCCAAAAUGCACAAACUAUGGCCUACAAUAUCACACCCCUUCGUAGGGCCACUGUGGAGUGUGUGAAAGAUCAGUUUGGCUUUAUUAACUAUGAAGUAGGAGAUAGCAAGAAGCUCUUUUUCCAUGUGAAAGAAGUUCAGGAUGGCAUUGAGUUACAGGCAGGAGAUGAGGUGGAAUUCUCAGUGAUUCUUAAUCAGCGCACUGGGAAAUGCAGUGCCUGUAAUGUUUGGCGAGUCUGUGAAGGCCCCAAAGCUGUUGCAGCUCCUCGACCUGAUCGAUUGGUCAAUCGCUUGAAGAAUAUCUCCCUGGAUGAUGCCAGUGCUCCUCGUCUAAUGGUUCUUCGUCAGCCAAGGGGACCAGAUAACUCAAUGGGAUUUGGUGCAGAAAGAAAGAUCCGUCAAGCUGGUGUCAUUGACUAAUCACACCCACAAAGCACAUCAUUAAUCCACUAUGGUCAAGUUGGGGGGAUUCUGGUGAAGGGUUCUGAAUAUCUUUCUCUUCAUCCCUCCCAAAACCUGGAAUACUUAUUCUAUUGAGCUAUUACACCAGUUUUAACACCUUCCUCGUGUUAUGUUUAAAAAAAAAAAAUAAAUAAAUUUAAGAAACCAUUUUAAAAUUAUGCACAGUUGCAGCCUGGGAAACUUAAGGUGGCGCCUUAUAGUAUCAAUUUAGGAGCUUUAUUUGGUGCAUUUAACGCAACUGGUAAUUGCAAAUUCCACUUCGCCUGUGUAAAUGAACAAUACAGACUGUUACCUUGUUGGCCCUAUGAAAUUCUGCACUCUAUUCAGUAUAUACUCUACCUUCAUUACUUAGCACUCAGCCGCAUUCUUUUCCUUUUCUUUCCUGUUCAUUAUGCUUUAAUUCUGAGGACCAUAUGAAGGUAGAAUAUAUUACCUUUAAAAAAAAUUACAAAAAUUUAUAUAGCAAACGAUUUUCUUAAGUUGAUGGCCAAAUGUUAAAAUGUUAUUUUCAUAUCAUUUAUAAUCUUGUCACAAUCCACUUAACGAGUUUGAUUACAUUUCAGUGAAAAUUAUCUUCCAGAUAGGUUUUUUUUUUUUCUUCCUGGGAUGGGGGUAAAUAACUUUACUACAAUUAGUAUGUGUGGUGCAGAAUUUCAUGCAAAUGAAGUGUGCCAGCAGUGUGAUAAUUUAAACAUAUUUAAACAAAAGACGAAUGCACAAAAUUGCUGCUGCUUAGAUCACUGCAGCUUCUAGGACCCAGUUUCUUUUACUGAUUUAAAAACAAAACAAACAAAAAAAAUAAAAAAGUUGUGCCUGAAAUGAAUCCUGUUUUUUUUAUAAAUAGCCCCCUGGUUCCAGUGUCCUGUUGAAUAUAGGCACUUGAUCCUGGUGUAGCUUCUGUUCAACUUUGUAUCACGGGAAUGGAUUGGCCUGAUUUCUCUGCCCUCUUGAAUUGGCCCCAAACAGGGUCUCUGGCAAGUGGAGUGAGUGAAGGCUUUUUGUCUAAAGAUGACAAGAGUCAGCUCAGGGGUUGUGGGGAGGGCGCUUUCAUCUUCCCCGUUGUCGUUUGAGUAUUUGAUCUCUGGGUAAAGAGGCCAUUUAUCUUUGUAAACACAAGACAUUUUUUGCUUUCUCCGUUUUUCUGUUAAUGGCGAAAGAAUGGAAGCGAAUAAAGUUUUACUGAUUUUUGAGACACAA